AUGGCGGCACAGGGACCCUCCCCGACCUAUCCAUCCAGCAACACGUCUGCCUCAUCCGUGUCUCCGUCAGUACCCUCAACCACGGUCUCGAAGUCGCCCCUGGAGUCGAAGGAGAGCUCUCUAAACCCACUCCCUAGUUCCACCUGCCACGAGGACUCGUUGCCCCUCGCCGUGUUUUAUGGGCCGCUGGACGCUAAAAACCCGCUCCUGGCCUCGUGUGAGAAGGAGAUACAGGAGUUGCUGGGCUUUAUGAAGAGAAAGAAGGCUUUGGCGAUGUCGGAGGAGCAGAAGCACGAGUUUCGCCGGCGCUGUGCCACCUCCUUGUUUAAUAUCUGGACUAAAUACGCACCCCGGCUGCCGGCUGCCUAUUACAACGAAAAGCUUCUGGAGGUUGGUGAUCGCCUCUGUGAAAUGAAAGAAUAUAGACUGGCCCUUUUACAGUGCUAUGGACGGUAUCUGCAGCAGUUCAGCGUCAACUUUGAUGAGAAUAAAGCAGAUGUGCAUCAAUUCAAAACUGUCUUUUUUCCAAAAGGCUUUGGAGACAAAAAUGCUACACAUACAUUUCAUGCUUUAAGCAGCAAAAAUAUUUGCAAGUACCAGCUGGUCUGUGACAGUGACGUGAACCUGCAGAAUAAGGGGUCUGUGGUCCAGUGUCUGGACAUCUUGUCCUCCUUGAGGCUCAUCAUGCAGGUGGCGCUGCCGCAGGAGCAUCUCUGCUGGAUUAUCUUCAACGGUACCAUUUACAUUUACACCAUUUGCAGAAAACUGAUGAUUUUAGGUCAAUCUUCCAAGGCCUUAGAAUACCUCCUGUGGGCCAGCAUGUGCAUGGAGUUUUCGGUCCCACUGCUGUCUGUCAGGUACUUGACGUGGAGAGCCACUCUUUACGCUGCUGUCUGCCAGUGCUGCUAUGACUGCCAAGCUGGCGUUCACGGAGAGGCAUUUGCUCGGCGAGCUUUAGCUAAAAUUGAUGAAUUAAGGCAACUGGAGUUAAUGGGUUCCUCAAAAUCAUCACAAGAAUCCAGAAGAGAUUAUAGAGAGGCCACGAUAAAGAUGGCAGUGAUGAUCUUCAAAAGAGGAGUAUUUGAAUCCAGAAGAAAAAACAAAAAUUUGUUUAGGCCAAAGAUAAGAAUUAACCUACGGGAAGUACAAACUUUGCCUUGGCCACGCACUGUCACAGAACGCUUGUUGGACGAGUUGUUCGACAGCACCGCGGCCCGGUUUCUGGCCGUCUUGGAGGCUCUUUCUGAUGCAAAUAGGCGAACACUCCAAGUUGGACCCGUUGUUACAGAUGAAGUGGAAGUUCGGGAUGUUGUCUCAGAACUCUUCUUAGCAGGAAGAGAACUUUUAAUGAUGUCACACAGUGGUGUAGAUGGAACGCUUGGUUUUCCACGAACCUCUCUUCUGGAACUUGUUAUAAAAAGAAAAAAUGUUGUUUCUUUGGAUGCUGCUGUGAAAUUUAUAAAAUUAGCUUUUACCUAUGAGGAAUGGAGUUUAUUUGAAUCUGCAGCUGGUCAGCUUAUUGAUUUUCUCCAGGGCCAGGAUGAUCCGGAGUCAAAGAAAGCAGAGAAGGAUUUAACUCUUCUUCUCGCGAUAGAACCUGUAAUCAACGUAAAGAAGAACAAAGGGUUGAUACUUCCUUUAGAGAACUACAAAGAAGGACAGUCAGCUUUUUACAUUAGAAAACUUGCUUUUCAUGAUACUUAUGCGAAAACUUAUGGAUGUUCAGAAGACAUUUUCCACUUAGCAACAACCCUGUAUUCCUGUGUCUGCACCUCUCCCCAGAAUGUUCAGCCUGAUAAAGAAAUCGUGGUGGACAUGAUAAUGUUCUUAUGGCAGAAAUGCAAAUUAGGAACUCAUCGGAUCAAUAUGUCUGGAAAAGACUAUGCAAAAUUCACCCAGAAAAUCAGUACUAAUAAAUGGGUUUAUCUUCUGUGGCAAAUAAAUGAAGUAAUUCACCACUAUAAAAUGGAAGACUUUGAUGUGGUGGUGGUGGCAGAGGUCGCGUUACGAUUAAGUGAGAUACUGGAGUUGCUAGGAAAUCCAAGGAGAAAAUUAAAAAAACCUACAGAUGUAUCUUUCAGGAAGGAGACUGAUGAAGUCCAUGGGACUCCGGACGGGGAUCUGGAAAUUCUGCCACUGUUAAAGAAAAACCCCUUGGAACAGUUAUUUUUGGCUUAUCAACUUCUUGACAAAGCAAUUGGUGGAAUAAAUUUCAAUUGCAUGUUAACUGCUUUGCCAAAUGGAUCAUCAGUGUUUGAUCAUUACUACACCAAGUGCACCCAUGAUAUAGAUGAAGACAUUCCCAAACCAGUCACACCAAAUAGUUUCAUGAUGGAUUUGCAUCUUGAACUAAUUCAAGCUCAGCACCGAAUAGCUGUUGUGCUUCUUGACAAAUUGCAAGUUUUGCAGACUCCAACUGUUAGCAAAAGCGUGUCUACCAAAAAUCCAGAAAAGCUAAACCAGUCUGGAAGCACCGGUUGUUUUACAGAAGAAAGUGUAAUGAAUAAAAUAAGGAAGAAUAAGCUCUCCAAAGCGAUGUACUUGAUGCAAAAAGCUCUCCUAAUAUUUGAGAAAGAUGCAGCCUCUACAUCUUCACAUGACUUUUUGAUGGAAGCAUAUUCUUUAAUAGAGAAGAGUGAAGUAGAACAAAAUACCUUAUAUUCAUAUCAGAAAAAUGUGGAAAGUUCAAAAAGAAAGAAGAGCAGAAUCCCUCCUCCACCUGUCCUGCUGUCCCGGACUUACUGUUCUGUGGCAUUGAAACCUGCCCCCUUUAGUUCAGACGUUAAGGUGUCGUGGUACUGCAUUUUGGGCUGCAAAGCAGAAGGAAGCUACGGAAAAGUCAGACUAAACAACAAUCAUCUCCCGAACUCAGGAGAGGCGAUACCAGCUGAUGGUAAAAGCAUUUUUGAAGUGAAAGGUUUAGAAACCAAUGAAAAAUACGUCUUUGCGAUUGCUGCUUAUUCUUCUAAUGGGAAGCUUGUGGGUGACGCCGUCGGGGAGACAACGAAGCCCAUUCUGGUGUACCCGCCUCUCUCUGCGGUCACUGCUCGCAUGUUCCUGACGCAGGCUGCCUAUCAGAUUGGGGACUAUGAGCUGGCUAAGAAAGUUUUCUCACCGGUCUGGGAUUAUUUCGUUGCUUCUCCACCUCACAACGAACAAUCUGUUAUUUGUUUGAGCAAUAUAAUGACUAUUACACAGAGAAGGUUACAUUCUGAUAUUUUGGCAGAGACUUCUUCAAUCCUCUUGUACCUUUUUCUUAGAAAUAUUUUUGUAACGAGUGACAUUAAAAUCAAAGAAGAAAAUCUUUUCUGUGAUAAUAUCAAAGGCAAUGAGAUUUUUCCUUCUCAACAAAUUGCCAGACUAAUUGAGUGUGAGAGAGUAUUAGUGGCAUUGGAGCUUAGCAACUACCUGAAUGAUUCCAGUUAUGCCCUUCAAGCUGUGACUCAGUGUUAUGGCCUCCUUGCUCCUAUGAUCUAUCACAAUAUUGUCCUGGUACCUGUUGUACAGAUCUUGAUAAAGUGUAUAGUGGUUUUGCAAGGACUGCCAAACAGCAUCCACUCAAAGAAACAUGCUGCAAAUUUUGAAGGCGUACAGCACAUGAUAGCUUGUUGUAUCUUCUAUAUAACAAAGAUUCUGCGUUCAUGGAAGGAAUAUGACCUGGCAGUAAUUAUUAUAAAUUAUGGGAAAAAAAUGUUGGACAUCACACCAGAGUGCAAAUCUCCAUUUGGUGCCAUUGACCAAGAAGAAGCACAAGAGGAGGGUUCUUCAAAGAAGUGUCCAAAGACUAAGAAGCCACAGCAGAUAUUAUCACCUGAAAAAAUAAAUGAGCAGCUGGUCUUGUUGGAGGCACACCUUCUCAAACUGACAAAGCAAAAUGUUACAGCUGAACUCUCAGGAACAGAGGACCCUAUAUUUCUUUACCCUGUAGUUUUAAAUUGGUCAGUCAAAGGUGCUAUGAAAGAAGUUAUGAAAUUUAAGCAGAGACCUAGAUUCCUGGAAUUUUUUACGCAAAUUAUGCUAAAAUGUAUGAGUGAUGAAAAAUUUCACCUUGUGGUGGAGAUAACGAAUCCUGUCUGUGACUUCUUGAGAAGGAGAAACGAGUCCCUUCUUGGAGUUAAAAAAUUGAAAUACAAGGACAGUCUGUUGAGUAAAAGGGCAGCUAAACCUGGGAAGAACCACAAAGCUGCAGUCAUGGAGAUAAAGAGAGCUUCGGAUGUACAAAGAAGAAGAAGUAAAAAAAGAGAGACACUAAGAGAAUAUUUUUCUAGAAAUCCAGGUUUUUCUGAAAUGCCGGAACAUGAAAGAAAUAAGAGAACUGAUGUUAGAAAACUAGCACACCGAAUCCUGCUGGAUUACUUGAAUCCUCUAAUAUUUAAUUAUGUUAAAAAGAAGAGGUUCCAUCAAAUCUGUCUUGAGGAGAUGCCCUGGAAGGCUCAGAUGAACCUGUGUCUGGCAAAUGCACACUUUAGCCUGUUUCUGAUAAAGCAAGGGGAACGGAUGAAGAUGAAAUGUGGAGCUCCUCACAAAAUGGUCAGUUUUCGAUCAUGUGAUCCCAGUGUAUUCUCACUGUAUAAUUCAGGAACAGUAUUGCCAACAGGAAAACUGACUCUAGAAAACUAUAAAGUGAUGCUUGAGUUCCUUCAUACACCUAUGAAAGGAAAGGCCAGCUUACCAUCAGAUGCUGAUGAGUUUUUGACACUUAUUAAUCCCCAAAUGAGUGAUGAAAAUGUUUCUAAAGCACAAACAGUUUCUGACUCAGACCCUCAAUUAGGUCUUAGUAGUAAGGAAAAGGAUCGAUCAUCAAAUUUGGGUCUAUUGGAUCAUUUUAUGAAAAUCUUUUUAUACUGCAGGAGAGCAAUGGUUCUUGCUCAUCGUGGGGGCUUUUGGACUCUGCUUCAGAACUGCUGUCGGGCCCUUUGGAACUUUACUCAGGAGCUACAGAUACUUCUUAGGCAUGCAGUGGACAUGUGUAAAACAUUCCCCAUUAGUCAGGACGGGUUCAUCUGUAUCUCUGUGUUACCAUUCUACCUGGGAGCAGAAUUACUUAUUGACAUGUUGAUAGAACUACAAAAUACCAAUUCUAUUGAGAUUAUUGAAGACAAGGGAGAGUUCAGUGUUCCAAGUUGCUAUGGAAAUAUUAAAAAUGACAAUGGUGGCUCUAGCCUUACUUUUGAGCAUCCUUUGGAUAAUGUAAAUGUGGUUGAUUUGAAAUGGAUCCAUGACUUUGUACUAAAAGCUCUGGAACUUUUAUAUCAAGUAGAAAAAUGGGAAACACUAGUAUCACUUGCCAUUCAGUUCAAUACAGUUUCACAUGAGAGAUAAACAGAACAAGUGACACCGCUCCUGGUGUAUGCACAGCGCCAGCUUCUUCUAAGAAUAUCCAAGUCGGAGGGCCCAGACAUCACACAACAGCCUUGUGUCAGACAUGAGGCUGAACAUCAAGAGAAGAUAACCUGCCGGAAUUUUAUUGGGAAACAACUCAAGAUUAAUCCUCCAACCAAUAAAGUGACAGAAGCUGGAAACAGCCCAGAUUCCCUAAGAAAGCUCAUCGUCUCAGAGUACAGCCAGGCCAGAGAGCUCAUCUGUGUGCCCGUGGAUGUGACAGACACUUUGAGAUGUUUUAGAGAGACUUUGGAAAAAUCCAAAUAUCACAACAGAGCAAUCCGCCACAGCAGAAAGUUGCUUUCAUUAUUUCUUGCACAGACACAAGGAGGCAAAGGAGGAAUAAACAUUUCAAGACUGGCCCCUGGAAAGGUGGAGUUUUGCCUGGGGACAGAGGAGAUGCACAUGCCAGCCCCUCCCGACCUCUCUCAGGAACACUUCAGAGUUUUUAGUUCCGUGGAGAAAAGCAAACUGCCCUCUUCACAACUCGGACUCGUAAUUUCUUCGUUUUACAAAACUAUUGAUGUUCUCCAAGCCAGCAAUCAAAGAAGUCUUAAAGUUCAGGCAUUGCAUCAACUUGGAAGUCUUCUUAUCUUCGCAGGAAAGAAAAGGGCUGCUUUUAAGUGUUGGUGUCAAGCGCUUGAUGACAUAUUCGGGAAAGAAGAUGUGCUGCAUACGUGGAAAGAGUUUGGCACCUCGCUCACCAGUGCCACCGAUGGCUCUUCACCUCCAGGUUACAAGGACUACAGUGAGGACUUUCUGUCCAGAGUCGGCAUUUGGGGCUGUUUGCAAGGAGCGGUCAUAUCAGCAAAGAUCGCCCAAUUCAUUAAGGAGUUGGACGUUGCCAAGAGAUCCAACUGUUGCAUUUUGUCUGCAUUACUCUUUCAGGGUUUGCUUAGAACCACGCUUCCACACCCCAAAGCCGAACGUUGCUAUGCUCAGUAUGAAAUCACCCAGCUUCUCCCAGGCAUCGAGCUAUUCUCGGAUGUACACAGGGCCGAUAUUUGCUCUGUGGUUGCAAGUUUGUAUUAUGUUAUACGUGAACUGCACUUUGCUAAGCAAAAUAUAAUAAUUUUGCCUCUCCUUGCAUUGUACCAAUAUUUUGUUUCUGGAAUUUGCCAAGACCUGGUCAGAAAUCUAGAAGCAAGAAUCCUCAAGAUUGAAGUUCUUACAGACUUAAGAUUCUUUUCUGAAGCCUUCCAUGAGAUGUCCCAGAUUUUUUAUGGAAAGAACAUGCCUUCCUUAAUACCCGCCGGAGUUAAAGCCAGUGUGAAAGUGAAGGCCUUUCAAUCAUUUGACUCAGGAAAGCCUCUUACUAGUAAAGAAAACAUACAGGCACUUGAUGAAUUAAUACAGAAAGGCUUGCCUCAGGUUCUGGUUACAAUUGGCCAUCAGCAUCUCUUAAACAAGUUUUCUUUUGCGAAAGCAUACUUGCUAGUAAGUGUGGCUGCAACGAUAAAUUGUGUCCCAGAAAAUCUAUUAAGAACAGUCUACCAUGGAUUUUUGUCCGAGAGGAGCAGAGCCAACCUCCCCAGCUUGAAAGAUCUCUGUUUAAAGGAUGAUAGAAACUCAUUUAAUCAUCUUAGUCAUCUUAGAAAAGUGAAAGAUGAAUUCACUGUUAGCACAAUAAAGUCAAUUUUACUGACAGAAGCCGAAGAGAAGCUAAACUCCCUUGUGUCCGAGUUGGGGCAGCCGGGCCAGAAGAGCCUCUCCCAGUGCUCCGCGGGCCCCCUGGAGGUCGUGGUGCAGGCCCAGCUGCAGCUGGCUGCCAUCGCCCUGCAGAGGCACCGGGCUGCCUACAGUGCUGCAAUAGUGUUUUCCACGCUUAAACUCCUCCAGGAUUCAAAACUUUUUAAAAAGAAGGUAGAACAAGAUGACAGAGAGAAUUCCCUCUCGACAGGAACUUCUGCCACUGAAAUUAAAGACGAUGAAUUUUUAGAUCCCAUUUCCCUAAAUUCUCGAGAAUAUUUCAACAUUCACUUGUGGCUGAGGUGCCGCUUGGCGUUGGUGACAGCCUUUGUCGCGCAGAUCCGUGGCAUUGGAAUUGUGAAAGAAAACGAUAUGACAGAUUACGUUAGCCUCAUCAAUGAAGCGUGUGUGGAGGCGAAAAGCGCGGGAGACAAGGAGCUAGAGGCUGAAUUCCUGAUGCAAGCGGUAAUUAUUGGCCUACAAGAAAAGCAUUUAAAGGCAGACAUCAUAACAAACCUUCAGGCCAUAAUACAUUUGCUUGAAGGAAGUGAGUUUAUUUCUCCCCGAUCUCAUUUAACCCUGGUAAGAAGCUUGCUUUUGCUGGAUGACUUAACAAAAGCAGAGAAAUUCAAGACAGCUCCCUCUUCAAAAACAGAAAAAAUGAAUUUCUUGACUCAGUCUCACAACAUUCUUAUUGACCAGAUGCUAACUUUUGGAGAAACAAUCGAAUUUCCUUCAUCAAACACUGACUAUGCAAGCCCAUUACAGCCUUUGAAAAAUGUCUACCUUCCUCAUGUCUUGUUAUUGGCCAAAACAAAAAUGAGAAUUGGACACACAAUGGCCAAGCAAGUAUAUUAUAACAGUAAAAAGAAGGAUUCCUCAAAGUGGUUACCCGCACUUCAGCUUUUUGAAAUCGCACUGAAACUCUGUAGGAUAUCAGCAACAGAUGAACAUGAGGUGGAAGCUGAAAUCCUUUUUCAGAAAGGCAAAAUAGAGCGUCAAUUAUUGAUGGAAGAGAAAUCUCCAAAUUCACCCCUUGAGAGUUUAUGUGAAGCAAUACAACUAAGCCUGAACCACGAUCAAAACUCAGGGUUGAUAAGGGACUCCUACCUAGAGAUCGCCCUGUUAUACUUACACCUGAGAAAUGCAGAGAACAAACUUUCCACGGCAUCACCAACAUCUAAGGCUCCUACCAGAAGGCACAGUUCUAUCAAAGAAGCCACAGUAAGUAGGUAUGGCGUGUGCACCUCGCUGGCCUGGACUGCGGUGAGAGCAGCUGCUCAGGUGAGUCAAGCUGUGCUGGCAAUUAACCUACUUAUUGGAAAGAAAAAUGCCAGAACUGACGAGGUGAGCCAAGCAGCAUUACCUAACAUCCCAGAAUUUGCCGCUGUGGACCUCUUGUCUUCAUUCACGGAUUAUUUGCUUGACAAUUACCAAGUCGCCUUCCAGACCAGCCACACAUUUUUUUAUGAAAGCGAUGACAUGGAAGACAACUCCGAUGCUAGAAAAAAGGCUCUGACUAAAGUGGACAUCACCUGGAUCCUUCUGCUACGUUACUAUAUCCACCUGCAAAGGAUCAACAACAUGAGCAAGCUGCUAGCAUCCCCAAAGUCCGGUGCUGGAAUUUCUCUGCCAGAUGAUACACUUCUCACGUCCCUUUUCAACUCCAAGUUGAUUUUGCGCCAAAAAGAAAUGCAUAACUUUCUUAAAAGAUUUUUACAACUGUACUCCUCCUCCUGUAUUGACGAAUUUCCAACAGAACUAUUUCAAGAAUUGGAAAAGCUACAAUUUUCAGAAAAUAACUUAUGUGACUCUUUGGCCAAGAUGCCUGGAGACAGCUCCCUGUAUUCCAUUUUACCUUUGAAGCUCCCUGCCCCCAGCGGCACACCUUCUGCGGAGCUGCUGUCAUCAGACGUGACCACGCAGGUUUUAAACAAAGAGCUUUGCUUUCUGUGGUACAUUCCUCCCCUGGAAAGACCUCCAAAGGAACUAGAACCUAUGGUUUUGUUGAUGUAUGCGUAUAACUUGAAGUCUUUCAAGAUUUCAGACGUGAGCUCCACCAACCACAGCAGUGCCUGCGUCGGCUCUUGCUGGGUUCCCCUGAACAGCGUUAUUUCAAUUCACGAGAAACUGUCUAAUCUUAAGCAAAUAGCUGAAAUAUCAUUGCCAGCAACUCCUGAAGUUACUCCAAGUGAAAACAUAUCCGUAAUCCAAGAAAAGCAAGAGAAACAAAUUGAUAGUGAAAUGCAAGACAUGAUUAUCGAAUGUUGCUUUGAAAUAAUAAGUCUGUUUUUGACUGAGGCAGAAACACCAUCACUAUCCGAGGUUCCAUUUCAUGUGUCGCAGCAAUCUAUAUUCGAUCUGGAGAGACUCUUCGAUCUUGCUAACGGUUGUAUCAUAUCAGGAGGGAGCCUUUUCAACUGGAUUGUGUCCAUUAUCCCCUGAGCAUUCUUUACACGUUAACCUUGUGAAGGAUUUCAUUGUUAUUGUUUUUCCUGGUUGAAAUGUUUUGAA